GCUUCAGAGACGACUUACUAGCACUGUUUUCUGCUUAGUUCCCUCCUGGCCAGUGAUGGGGCGCUGUAAGUACGAAGCGUUUAGUGUAAACCGUCAGCCAUCUGCUGCAGUCAGUUAGCUCCAAAGGGAAUGGAAAAUGGAGGACUGACCCAAGAAAGAGCGAGCGCGCAUCGUCGGUAUUUAUAACUUAUGGGUUCUCUAACCUCAUAUCAAGUCUGAUGAUUACUGAUGCGAAAGCCUUUGUUUUAUUUGAAGAAGUGCUUUGUUAGACAUCUACUGAACUGCAGACAUUCAUUUUGAAAAUAGUGACUCCAUCAUCUAUGGAUGGGAAUGUGAGCCCUGAGCUCUCUCUAGCUCCUGAGCCAGAGCAGAGCCAGGAGUGCAUGGAUAGCUGCUCUCAAGGCGUUGCAGAAGGGGAUAGCGAGAAGAAAGAACAGCUUCACCCUGAAAGUGAGAAUGUGGUUAAAGAGUUGGUAGAGGAGCCAGAUAAAUCUUCAAAGGCCAAGAGCGAGCUAAAGAAAACUUGGCGUUUCCGUCGGUCCACCGUUGCAAAGAGAGAGAUGCCAGUGGAGGCAGCAACCGACAGCCCUGAGACCCGCUGUCCUGUGCGCCGUAGUGGCAGACAGCCUAGUACUGACAAACUAGAGGACUUCCUCUUGAAUGCCAAGAGAGGGUCAAGAAAGAGCGCCCCUCCCAGUUUAGAAAGUGGAGAUCCUCCUUCACAAACCCCAACUGAUGCAGAGACCCGCCUCAGAGGCCGCUUUGAUGGUAAUGCUGAGUCCAGGACUGUUGAGGACAAAGCAGAGACUUCUGAGAGGAGGACAAGGAGUGGCGCCAGGAAGCAGACUCAAAAGAAAACUCGAGGUGGUGGCAGACAGAUCCGAGGAGGUGGUGCGACAGCCAAAGAUGAGGGAAUUGAGAAUGAAGAAGAUAGUAAAGAUGCUGUCUCAAACGAACAAGAUAACAGUGAGGCAAAAGAAGCAAAGAGUGAUUCCACUUCUGAAGCUGUAGGGAUUGUCAGUGCAACACAGACUCAGCCCGAGCAUGAGUCUGAGAAGAACGAGUUGGCUGAGGAGAACGACGAUGAUAAAAAUGACGCUGAGAAGACCAGUGAUGACAGUGCUGACAAGGCUGCAGCAGUGCCUGUAAAACGUGGACCAAUAAGAACUUAUGUCAAUAAAAAGAAGGCAGCUAAUAGAAACACUACACCAGUUAAAGCCCCCACCUCUGCGCCCGACAACAAGAACACUGCUCCCGUAAAGAAGGAAACAAAGCCUAAAGUUACCCAAAGUGUUGGCAAAACACGGAAGACCCAGACACAAGAGGAGGAGGAGGAAGAAGAGGAAGAAGAAGAAGAGGGGGAGGAUGAGAAUGACUUAUCCACGUCGUCAUCAUCAGUUGAGUCUGAUGAUGGAGGCUAUGACCCCAAUGCACUUUAUUGCAUUUGUCGUCAGAAACACAACAAAAGGUUUAUGAUCUGCUGUGACCGCUGUGAGGAGUGGUUCCACGGGGACUGUGUAGGAAUCACCGAGGCCCGUGGACGGCUGAUGGAAAGAAAUGGGGAAGACUACAUCUGCCCAAACUGCACCGCUAAAAACCAGGUGGUCAGGCCUGCCACAUCUAUCCUCUCUGCAAAUACAGAGAUUGGGAAGUCCAAAGCUGAUUUUGCUUCUCUGAUCAAUGCUGCCGCUCCUCCUGUUGUUACCUCAUCUGCAACUGCUGUUAAAGCCAUUAACACUGGAGCAGACUUCAGUUUCUCGGCUGUUCGGGCUGUGGCAGCAUCGCCAUCUGCAUCAACUACUGGAACCGAUGAGAAGGCAGCAGAGGACCUUGGUAUCAAAGGCAGGAUAGAGAAAGCUACUAAUCCAACUGGAAAAAAGAAGAUAAAAAUCUUUCAGCCGGCAGUACAGCAACCAGCUGAACCUAAGGCAGAGGAGAAGGCCGCAAUACCUGUUGAAAAGAAGGCAACAGAAGGCGCACCAGAAGUGAGAGCCCCACCAGAUACAGAACAGAAAGUUGCGUCACAUGUCGAGGUGAAAACAACACCAACAGUGGAGGUGCCCGAGGGCAAGAUUGAGCAGAAGGGUGAGGAGUCUUCCCUCUCAAAAUGUAUUGGACCUGGCUGUGAAAAUGAUGCCCAACCAGACUCUGUGUAUUGUGGAAAUGACUGUAUCCUGAGACAUGCUGCUGCUGCGAUGAAGUCCAUCACUGAUGUCAAAGAGCCCAAGCAGAAGGACAAGGCCAAGGCUCAGAAAACAAGUCCUCUCUCAAGGAGUGGUGCUGGUGGGAAGAAGGUGCAGAAGAAGAGCCGGGAGGAGUCCGAUAGCGAAGACCACAGUCCUGAUCCAGAUGAGGAUGACGAAGAUGAACAUGCUGAGGAACACCCGCCUCCGCCAGCCACUGCAUCCUGGUCCAGCGACCAUAAUUACAUUGCAGUAACACCAGAAAAGACUACACCCAUUUCACCAACAGUGUUAAACAAAAAGUCCCCUACGAAAGAAGAGAAGGACCAUAAGGAAAAGGAACCGACUGCAACUCCUGAGAAAGUCUCUUCAGCCUCUGCAACAGCUGGAAAAGGAAACAAGAAGUCCACAACAACAAAACCAACCAAGAUUUCCCCGAAGGGAAAGAAACCUUCAGUUCAAGCUUCCAGCUCCAAGGGAUCCAAGAAGCCUGUAACACCCCCACCUAAAAGUGCAGUGAAGUCCAAAAAAGCAGGCCAGCCACCUGUCCAGUCCCCAUCUCCCUUUCCUCCAGGCCCUAUCCAUGUCACAGGAGCGCUCAGGGUCACCAAGUCCAACUUCACCAUUCCUAAGAAGCAGCCUCAGCAAAAAGACCCUAGUCCCCACAGGCAGUCGCCCUCGUCCUCUAGAGUCCCAUCAUCUCCAGUUUCCUCCUCUCCCUCCAGCCACUCUUCAUCCUCCAGAUCUUCACAUUCAGCUGCUUCGACACCUGUUUCCAUGCCGCCUCCACCCAACAACCAGAUGAGACAGAACAUCCGGCGCUCUUUGACAGACAUCAUCUAUAAAAGGGUGAGCGACAGUGAUGAUCUGAAAAUGACAGAGAGCGAGGUGGGACGACUGGCAUUUGCCAUUGAAAAGGAGAUGUUUAACCUCUGUCUUAGCACUGACAGCAAAUACAAAAACAAAUACAGGUCCCUCAUGUUCAAUCUCAAGGAUCCUAAAAACAAAGGCUUGUUCUACAGAGUGGUGGGAGGUGAGGUCAGUCCCUUUAGACUGGUCAGACUAAGUGCUGAAGAGCUGGUUUCAAAAGAGAUAUCUGAAUGGAGGAAGCCCGAGCCUACUGAGUCUCCUGGUGCAAGGACCCAUUCAGGGCAGUCCAAACUAGGCAGCAGGCAUGAUGGUGGCUCCCAUAGCGUCGAUGUGGAGGAUGUGCCACCAACAUCUGAUGCAGAUGUAUGUAUCUCUACCACCGCUUCAUCUUCUCGCAUGGCUUCUUCUACAGAUCAAGAGGAGUCUGGCUCCAUGGCUUCAGCUUCAGCUCAGGCAUCUGCUGCUGAGGGGAGCAGUGGUAGCAGUGUGCCAGACAUUUUUAGUAGCAUGCUCAAAGAUACUACUUCUGAACACAGGGCUCAUCUGUUUGACCUCAACUGCAAAAUAUGUACAGGACAAAAGACAGAAGAUGAGCCUGCUGCUAAAAAAGCCAGACUCAGCAAGAAGCCUGAAACAAAGCCACCCAGACAAGAGUCAGUCUCAUCCAGGUCAGGGGACGUCUCACCUGUCAGCCAGUCACAGACCACCACCGCCUACCAAGACCCUUCAUUGUACCAACACCCGGUCUCUUCGUCCUACCAGUCCACCAUAGAGCCAGCUGUUCCAGAACCACAGCCACAGCCCUAUCAGGAGGAUGUCACCAUGAUGGCACCUUCAGCCCAGGCCCCUGUACCUGUCACCCCCACUGUCUCCUCUGUCAGUAUCACCCGCAGAGACCCUCGCAUGGCCAGGCACAGCUCCGGGGUGACUGUCACCUACACGGCCCAAGAAAAGCCCACCAGCAAUGCAGCAGAGCCACUCCCAGCACCUGUUACUGCUUCAGUGGAGGUUUUACCUAAGGCACCGCUACCAAUGCCCCCUGCACCACCGGCUUCAGUGGCUGCACCCAAGUCGUCAAAAACAAGUGCAUCUGAGCCGCCUCCUGAGGGGGAAACUGCAAUAUUUCUCCAUGGUCAAGAGAAGAUUUGGAAAGGAUUUAUCAACAUGCAGUCAGUAGCAAAGUUUGUAACCAAGGCUUACCUGGUCUCGGGAUCAUUUGAACACCUGAAAGAGGAUUUGCCAGACACCAUUCAUGUUGGAGGCCGGAUUUCUCCAAACACGGUUUGGGACUAUGUUGGAAAGCUAAAAACCUCCCUGUCCAAGGAGCUGUGCCUGAUCCGUUUCCAUCCAGCCACAGAGGAGGAAGAGGUGGCAUAUGUCUCUCUGUUCUCUUAUUUUAGCAGCAGAAAACGAUUUGGUGUGGUGGCGAACAACAACCGCCGCAUCAAAGACCUCUAUCUCAUCCCACUGGGCUCAAAGGACCCAUUACCCUCCAAACUAUUACCAUUUGAUGGGCCAGGUCUUGAACCAGCUCGUCCCAACCUCCUGCUGGGCCUGCUGAUCUGCCAGAAGGACAGAAAGCGUCCUGGUGGUCCGUUAGAAACUGAGGAGAAACGGUCCAAGACUCAAACCAAAGAUGCAGAAGAAAUCGUGCUUCCAAAACCACCUCCCACAGUCAAAGCAGAAAAAACCACACGACAGAGUCUUGAACUCCCCUUCAGUACAACUCCUCCAGGAUCGCCUCCAUCUAGCUUCUCCGACACCGCCAGCAGCACUGUGGCCACCACCUCUGUUCUGUCCUUAUUGUCCUCUGUCAAAGCUCCAGCUACAUCUGCUACCACUGACAAAGAUUCCCUUUCUUCAUCCAACUCUGUUUCUGCAUCUGCUGCAGCUGCCAGUCCUCUUGAGACCAUUUUCAAGGCUCUCUUUGGGAAGAAAAAGCAUGACUCUGAAGCUUCCAACUCACCAUCUGAUCAGGGUGGAGAAUUCUCUGCCCCAACAGGAACAAUUUUAGACCCCAUAGUGCAGAAAUAUGCACAGAUUCCUAAAGAAAAACCAGUAGAGGAGGAUGAAGAUGACCGACCUUAUGACCCAGAAGAAGAAUAUGACCCCAGUAGGGGCUACAAUGUGCCUAAGAAGCCUAUGGAGGUUGUAAGCAAACCUGAACUCUCCAAGCAGCCUAAGACGGAAACAAGUGAAGCUGAUGACGUGGCAUAUGACCCAGAGGAUGACUAUUUUGAAGAGGUUAAAACUUUAGUUCCAGGUCAAGCUAAGCCUGCAACUGAGUGUACGACCGAUCCCCAAAAGAUCCUGGAGAGCCUUAAACAGAUUGGUGAUCAAGCAUUGCAGAAACAAGGAGCGCAGCAAAUCUCCUCUACGAGCGCUCCUGCCACCUCGGUGACAGUUCCAAACUCGCUCUUAACUCAACCUACAAAAUCUCUUUUGGCCAGUACUCAGUUGCUACAGCUUGGCAAAAAGGUCGAAGAACUUGUGAAAUCUUCAUCGGUUGCUCCUUUGAUCAAUCAGAAGAGAGAUCCCAGACAGAGCAGGGAUCCUCGCCAGGCUACAGGCAGCAGAAAACUGUCUGAUGAGCCUGAAGACACAGAGGAGACGCCUGCGUCAGUGACCGAGCCUGCUCCUCCAGCCUCGCAGCCUGAGGUGCAAGAGCCACAGUCGCCUAAAACAGCCGAACUUGCAGACACCUCACAAGAUUCAGACCCCUCAUUGCAUCAAGAGGAAGUGAAAAAUGAGGUGCUAGUCUUCAUGGAGUCGGACAAGACAGAGGUGUCAAUUCCUUUAUUAGGCGAAAAGGUGGAACCUGAUAUGGAAAUCAACUACAUGGAUGAGAAAGAAGAGACAAGUGAGGAAACUGAGCCCGUAAAGGCUGAAACGGAGAUGGACAAGUUCAGUAUUUGGCCAAAUGCUGCCAGUAUCUUAAAAGCUGACGAGGACUCAGAGUAUGAGGAGAAUAGCCAAGAAGCAUCGAGCUAUUAUAGUGAGCCUGCAAACACAUCUGCGAUAACUUCCACAAUCCCAGUACUUACACAGAGCACAACAUUAGCUGACACUCAGUCACAUCACAUGCUUCAUCGCAUACCAGGGUCAGGCUUUGACAGCGACUACAAAUCUCCAGCUGACAUUCCUCCACAGUCCAACUUCCCUCCUCCCCAUUCCAUGCAUGGACAAACUCUACUAAUGAGGCCUCCCCCAGUGUCUGUUCUACCACCCAUACAGGGUCCUCCUCCAAUGUCAGGCACCCUUCCUAUACAGGGACCCCCUCCUCCAAUCCACGUUCCUCCCCUGUGCACGGUCCCUCUCCCCAUGCAAGGUGAUAGCAAUCAGCAAUAUGGCCCGCCACCAUCUUCGUACUCGCCAUAUCAAAACCAGUGGUCAGGCACGCAGCCGCCACCACUGCAACAACCACUACCUGGUCCACCACCUCAGAAUAUCAUGCCACCCAGAGGACCACUACCAUUCCCUCCAGUAGCCCAGAGGGGUCCACCUCCUCAGAUAUUUGAUCCCUAUCCCCCUCAGCACAUUGGACAACAAGGUCCUCCAGGACUUCCCCCUCCCCCCCACUUUGAUGGACAGAACAGCUUAGCUCCACCCAGAUUCACUGGUCCACCACCACCUUUUAAUUUCCCUGGAAACAGAGGUCCUCCUCUGCCUUUCGCCACACCACCACCUGUUCUUGAUAACAGGCUUCCUCUUCCAAACCUCUUUCCAGGGCACAGGGGUCCCCCACCACCUCAGUAUGGCGACCACGGAGCUCAGCCUCCAAUAGUAGACCAGUCUCGAGUACCUGCAGAACAGUAUAACAAAGACACUGCUAAUAAUCCAGUCAAGGGCCCUCCACCAGGACCAGGCUAUCGGGGACCUCCACAUAACCAAUAUGAGGAUAGAAGAGGUCCACCUCCCAGUGGGGAGCUCUUCAAUCCACAAAACCAGUAUGGUGGCUCCAGACCACCAUCCUCACCACCACACCGAGGAUUUUUUGAUGAGCACAGAGGUCCUCCACUUCAGGAGAACAGACCUCAGCCUUUUGCAGGCUCUGACCGGUACCGCUUUGACAGGUACACUGAUGAGGCUAGACCUGUUCGCCACAGCGGGCCAUUACUGCCAACUCCUCCGGACGCUCCCUUAGGUCCACCAGACCUACACCGGGAUGACCACUGGCGCCGCCAUUCUCCUGAAAUGAGGAGGAGGAGCAUUGCCUGCGAGGACUCAGAGCCUCGCAGUGGAGAUCGCUUCAGCCGCUUUGAAGGACAUAGAGAGCUUGCUCAUGGUUCCUCACAGGCCUCUGAAGAGAGACCGAGGGACCUGUCUGAGGACCGCCGGAGGGAAGAGAGGGAAGUCCCUCAUGCUGGCAGGUCCUCGUGGGACAAGGGGCAGGGAAAGCGGUGGGGCCGAGAAAGAGAGUGGGACAGAGGCAGAGAAAGGGACCGGGAUCGCGAGCGUAGCCGAGAAAGAGACCGCAGCAGAGGGAGGGAGGGUGAGAGGCACAGGGAUCAAGAUUCAGACAAGGAUGAGAUAGGGAAAAGGAAAAGAGACAGAGAGAGGGACAGGGACAGGGACAGGGAAAGAGACAGAGACAGAGGUAGGGAUUCUGACAGGAAGGACUAUGACCGUGACAGGGGGAGAAACCGUGACAGAGAACGAGAGCGUGAGAGAGACAGGAAGCAGCGGGACCGAUCCAGAAGCAGAGAGAGAGACCGUGAUAGGGAUCGUGGGGAAAGACCGGGGUAGAGAGAGGAAAGAGACAGAGACAGGGAGAGAGACAGGGAGAGGGAGCGAGAGAAGGAGAGAGAGAAGGAGAGAGAUCGCGAUAGAGGCAGAGAUCGACGGGAAAGAAGCCGAGAAAAAAAAGAAGAGAAAAAGGACAGUAAGCACGAUACGUCCAAGGAGAGUGAUAAAACCACAGAAAAUGGCAAGAACGUUCCUAGUCUCUGUUCUAUGGACAUUAUGGUUCUAAGACACUUGUCUUUCACCCAGUUUAAAAAAAUCACUGUAAAUGUAGAUGAGCAGUAUUUCAUCAGAUUUCCACAGUUGUGUUUCCCACCAGACAAAAAUAUUUGAAAUGUUUGUAUUCUCUUUGUCCACUUAAGGUUUCUAAGUUUCUUUAUUACAUUUGAAAACAAAAAACCCUGAAUCCAGUCUAAACUGCUUGUGUUACAAGACGUGUUCAUUUAGACCUCUCGGUCCUAUUACGUGUAACUUUUUCUUGUCAAACCAUUUUUUUUUUUUUUUUUUAGAAAAAACAGUAAUGUAACUGGUUCACACCCAUUUGCAAUAUGUAAAUAUGAAUGUAUUUGUGUAUAUACGGAUGUUUUAAUCAUACUUUCUAAGUAGAGACGAUAAAAGCCAUAUAUCUGAGAUGGAUAAUGUGAAGGCUAAAGAUACACUGAGACAUAAGUGUGUGUUUAUAUGUUCAGCCAGCUUUGAAUAAAUGACUUCACAUCUACAGUAUACACCACGUAAAUGGUUGUUAAUGAACUGUCACUUUUUUUUGUUUCAGCUCAGCCAAUUAAACCUGUUUGAUGACAUUUGU